ACUUUUUUUUUUUUUUAAUCAAGACUAAUCAACAAUUUCAAGAAUUGGAACGAUUUCACACAAUCAGUAAUGAUAACUUUAUUUUGAAAGCUUCUGAUGUUGCCGGAAAUGCCGUGCCCAAUGUUUGAACGUACUUGGUACGAGUUGCACAGCUCCUAAACGUGCCGCGGUCAGGCUGAGAAAUGUCCGUGGUUACAGUUCAGCUCGGCCAGUGCGGGAACCAGGUGGGUCACGAGCUGUUUGACCUCACCUGUAGUGAUGCGCGUGGUGGACAGAGGAGGCUGUACGGCUCAGCCAGCUGCGAGCGAUUCUUCCACCAGACUGCACAUGGAGAGCUGGUUGCCAGGGCGAUUCUUGUUGACAUGGAGCCCAAAGUUAUUAACCAGUGCAUCUGUAGAGCUUCCAGAUCUGGUAUGUGGAGGUAUGGAGACACUUCAUACUUCAGCCAGAAGCAGGGCUCUGGAAACAACUGGGCCAAUGGGUUUUGCGUCCUUGGCCCUCGUCACAGAGAUGAGGUGGAGGAGCUGGUGAGGCGAGAGGUGGAGCGCUGUGACAGGUUGGCUGGCCUCAUGGCUAUCAUGAGUGUAGCAGGGGGAACAGGUUCUGGGGUUGGUACCUAUGUAACGCGCUGUCUCAGAGACAUCUUUCCCAAGUCCUUCAUCCUCAACCACCUCACCUGGCCAUACGGGACUGGAGAGGUGAUUGUCCAGAAUUACAAUUCGCUGACACUGGCUCAUCUCUACCAGCUGUCAGAUGCCAUUCUUGUGCAUGAGAACGACACGGUGCACAGGAUCUGUAGUCAGCUGCUCAACAUCAAACAUAUCUCCUUCAGUGAUGUCAACAGGGUCAUCGCUCACCAGCUGGGAAGUGUUCUUCAGCCGACACUCACUGCUGACUCCGACGGAGUCUACGGCAGAAAUCCUAUAGGCGAGUUGGUGAGUGCGCUCACUUGCCACCCAGAGUACAAGCUGCUCAGUGUGAGUACAAUACCUCAGAUGCCGAGCUCCUCCAUAGCCUACAGCACAUUCAGCUGGCCAGGCCUGCUCAAACACCUGCGACAAAUGCUCAUCUCCAACAGCAAGAUGGAGGAAGGUAUAGACUGGCAGGUGCAGCUACCUGGAGCUUCAGGGCGGACCAGGAGUCUUAUAGCCCCCAGCUUUAACACCUCUUUGGCCAACCUACUCAUACUGAGAGGAAAAGACGUGUACAGUGCAGAGACAGGUGGUUUUGAGGACCCAGCCCUUUACACCUCCUGGCUCUCAUCAGAAGAAGCUUUCAAUAUGUGGAAGUCCCCAGUGCCUUUUAAUAAGUAUGAAAAGUCUGCGACACUGGUCAGUAACAGCCAGGCUCUGCUCAGACCCCUGGAUAACAUGGUUGGAAAAGCAUGGAAUAUGUUUGCAUCAAGGGCCUACAUCCAUCAGUACAUUAAAUUUGGAAUCUCAGAGGAGGACUUUCUAGACAGCUUCACAUCUCUUGAGCAGGUCAUCUCAAGCUACAGUCAAUUGUCUUAGUUUAAAAAAAAAAAAAACACGUUGGGACUGUAUGGGAAAGGCAUCAGCUUGCCUUUGAACUGUAUGUGGACAAGAGAAAUCCAUCAGACAUCUAAGAACAUUUAUUUAUACUAAAAACUUAUCGUGUAAAUAAAAAUAUAUAGUUUGUUUUAACAAUU